AUGGGGGAAAAUCUAAAUAAGGAAUGGAAGUUAAAAGGAUGGGGUCCAGACGACAAGCAAUGGGGAUAUCCGGUUCCAGAGGGGCACGGAUGUACAGAGAAUAACCCAAGAAGAUAUUGUUACCCCAGACUAAUAAGGGGAGGUGUUUCAAGAUGGGCCGGUUUGACGGAAUGGUUAAAUAAAAAAUUAUUGGGAGCGCAUUCUCCGGAGUGGGGGAAAAAAUUCAACCCAACUCUGAACACCAAUCUGAGGAGUACUGGAUCUGGCUUCUUGAACUGGGGCGAGGUAGUGGAUAAAGUGAUGAGCAAAGUCGAAGCGAACUUAAUAAUAGAAAAGACCGAAACCAAUCUCGCGAUGUUGUGGACAGCGCCAGAAUGGUAUAAGAUAUUAGGAGAGCCAAGAACACAGAAUAUAGACUGGAAUACCCACCCCCAAGGAAAGGCAGUGCUUAUGGUAGUAGUUUGCAUAAUAACAGGAUUAACUGCGGAUAAGCAAGACGAAGGAAAGCAGUAUGCCAACAGAGAAAUCCUUUGUAAGACAAUCGAUAAGGGUUUAGUCGUUGAUGAAGACCACUGGGACAGUUGGAAGUCAAGAAGGGGAAUCGAGAAGGAUAGGGAUAGCGGACAGUGCUCAACUGAGGAGGCAUAUGAGAAUUGUCAGGACCCCAGUCUGAGCUUAAUAGUGACCAUAUAUGGGGCAUUAAGAGCUCUAUGUCCAAAUUGUGGUCCAUAUAAGCUGACAAGAUGGAUUAAGAAAUCAAAGAAUAGACCUAAGGAAAGCACCAAUUUAUAUUGUAACGUGACAAAGGGCAUUUUCACGUGUGACAAAACCACAGACUCCCCCUCCGCAGGAGGGGCAUUAUGGCUGGAGAGGGCUCUUUUAGCACCGGAGAAGGGAGAAUCCGCAGAAGGAACAGGACACUCAGAUGCAGUAAAAUCAGUAUUAAGUAUGACUGAGAGCGAGAUUCCACAACCCCAGAAGGAUAGGCAAAGCAAUAAUAAUAUAGUGAUCAAAGGAUUGCAGGAACUGGGCCUAAAGGAAGAGGCAAGAGAGUGUGUUGAAUCAAACUCUAACACAACACCCGAUUCAAGUAAGAAAUGUAGUGAACAAGCGGCCCAGAGUAAUCAACUAGAGGAGAAAAUAAGCGGACUAAAAUCCCAAGGGCCCGAGGAGGCGGGAAAAAGAAGUUCGGCAAGAACUCAGGGCACACCGCCGGACCAAGGGGGUGCUGGCAGGGAGUCCGAUGAAUCCAACAGCUCAACAGGAACUAAUGAGCGGAAGACGGAUGAACCGGAGAACUUCGGGCCCGUUACCGUAGCCCACGACUCAGAGACAGGAACAAAUAACCCAGUAGGCGGAGUAGUGGGUGGUAUAUUGGGGGUUUUGUUACUUGCAGUGGCAGCAGCGUAUGGAAUAUUUAGGAUAUGGGGCAGAAGAAGGAAGUCAAAGGAGGGGAGGACAAGAUUAGGGACCCCGCGGCACCUCAGUUAUGAAAUACCACAGAGAGGAGGAAUAGCAGCGGUGGGGAUGUCCGCCCUCAGAAUAGAACCGUGA